CCACACAACACUACAAAAUCAACUGCAGAGUUUCAGUACAUCAAGACCUAAUUAAACUGUCGGCAGACCUCCAGUUAUACUUCUCGACCUCGGUUCCUUCGCCUCCUUGAAACUGUGGUGGAGUGGUAGCGCCGAUCUACAUUCCACUUACAUUAUGGAGGGUCGCCGCCAUUUAGCCCAUUUCUUGGUGCCUGUCAUGCUAGUGUUGUUUCGUAGCUUGGUGGCCAACGGUGGGCCUCUCCGGGAAGUUGCUGACCUACAUUGGUAUCCCGCCACGGCCACUUGGUACGGAAGCCCGGAAGGCGACGGCAGUGACGGUGGGGCGUGUGGUUACGGGUCACUGGUGGACGUGAAGCCAUUCAGGGCUCGAGUUGGGGCAGUGAGCCCGGUAUUAUUUAAAAACGGGGAAGGGUGCGGGGCGUGCUAUAAAGUGAGGUGCUUGGACAAGUCAAUAUGCUCUCGAAGGGCCGUGACAGUCAUUAUAACGGACGAGUGCCCCGGUGGUUACUGCUCCAACGGCCGCACCCACUUCGAUCUUAGCGGUGCCGCCUUCGGCCGAAUGGCCAUCGCCGGUGCUGGUGGCGGGUUGCGCAACCGUGGCGAAAUUUCCGUAAUCUACCGGCGGACAACAUGCAAGUAUCCUGGGAAAAACAUUGCCUUUCACGUCAAUGAAGGUUCAACUGAUUAUUGGCUCUCACUUUUAGUAGAAUUCGAAGAUGGAGAUGGUGACGUUGGAUCGAUGCAUAUAAGACAGGCAAAUUCGAAUGAAUGGCUUGAGAUGACACAUUUAUGGGGUGCAAAUUGGUGCAUUAUUGGGGGACCCUUAAGAGGACCAUUUUCUGUAAAGUUAACAACACUAUCAACAGGAAGAAGUCUAUCUGCACGGGAUAUUAUUCCAGGAAAUUGGUCUCCGAAAGCUACUUACACAUCCCGCCUCAACUUCUACUAAAGAAACGACGCAAAAGAGGCAUCGAAUGGUGUUUCUUUUUGUUAUGUUGGGAUCCCUUUUUUUCCUGCUUUCUGUAGUGUGUGAGUCAGUAAGUGGAUGUGAGAGUUAAUUAUCGAUUUAAAUGUAAAGUCAUUGUGUUGUGUUAUGCUAUGUUAUGUCGCCCUCCCCAAAGGGUGAGAGUGCGAUUUUAAGUGUGGUGUGUAAUUUAUUUACAUUGUUGGGUAGUUAGCCCUUUGAUUGGACCAAAUAGAUAUGGUUGUAAUGUUGUUUGCUGAUGUGGGGCCUUGUUUUAUAAUAAGAUUUUCGUAUUAUUCCCGAUA